UAAUCUUUCAUCAUCACUUCCUGCGAAAACUGCAUCAUUUAUUCUACAGUUGGUAGAUUUUAAACCUUUAUUUAUAUACAAAGACAUUGUUUUGGAAACCAUGCGUGGAGUUAACAAGGCUGCACUGUACCAGCACCAUCCCGUCGCCGAGUGGAGGAUGUUCAGACAUGGCCAGACAUGUUGGAGGAACUCUUUGCUAAGCUAAAUCAUGUUCUAUGAGGAAAGGAAGACAUAGAGGACUAAGAAGAAAAACACUGAAAAUGGACAACAAGGACACCUGCAAUCUGAAGGCGAAAAAAAUGAUGGAUGCUAACACAGUAUGGCAGUGGCGCAUUAUGCGUGUAAAGAAAUAUUCAAGACGUCCAGAACCAUUCCAUUACAGCAAUAAAAUAGGAUUGGAUUUUAAUGCAGCAUCCAACACACAGGAAAAACUGGAUUUACAAUUGGUGACAAAUGGUGUCAUACUUGAGGUCUGUGACUUUGCUAAAACAGUAAACAAGAGUAAAAGGUAUUUUAUCACAAACAUUCUGGAGAACAAUUUCGAUCUUGGAUUGGAAAAUGAGCAACAGCGGAUUGAUUUUACUGCUCGAAUUCUGCACAAAGUCACAGACCUCAUCAGGAAACCUCCUAAAGAUAAACAGGAAGUUUUUACUCUCUUUGACACGUCAUCUAAGCCAGAAUUCAACAGCAACAAUGGACUGAACAUGGCAUCUCCAGAGCGUAAGACUGAAAGUUUCCUGGUGGAAAUGGAUGAUACUGAUGAUAGUGACUAUGAAGAUGAAUUCAAGUGCUCACAAGCCACAUGCAAAGAAGACAUAAAGACAGAAAGUCUCUCAGAAGAGAUGGAUGGAGCACAUGUUGAUGGAAGUGAAAAUGAGGAUGAAUUAAAGUGUACAGGAAUCACACAGUCAACAGCAGAACUGAAAGAGGAUGUUCUUCCCCCUUCGUUCCCUUAUUGUGAAGAAAUUGGUCUGAGCCUUGAAUUUGGGUCAAAACAAAGUCUAGAUCCAGGUUUGUUGACAAAGGGAGUGAUGAUAGAGCUAGUGCACUUCACAAGAAUACUGACUGCAUCCUUCAGCUCUAUUGUUCUGGGUGUGUUGGAGCAUAAUUUUGAACUUGAUGAUCUCAAAAGUCUACGGGUAAAAAAUCGAAUUUGGUUCAAGAUAUCACAUCUGCUAAAAAGAAGAAAGCGACUUACCACCACUGGUAGCAAAGUAACCCCACGUUUCAAAAAUGAGCCAUUUUCUUUCCAGACAAACCCGUUCAAACGACCCAGAGGAUCGGCACUGUCCAAUAUGGGAAACCCACAAUAUCAAUUUAAGGAAGUCACAAAAAGAAGGCAGUCUGAUUUAAAGAAUAAACAGGAAAAGAGGGCUAUUUUAACAACAAAUGAACGGGUCACCAAAAGGUGCAAAAGAGGACAGUCUACAGAUAUGGAGACGAACACACUCUCUCAUCACACUUUGUGUACCAUUGGAACAGCAGAGGGUGGCCAUUGCUACAUUUGUCCUCUAGGAGAGUCUGAUCUGGACUCAGACAAAGUUAGAAACUCAAGAAACGCUGGCAAUCAGGAUCAUUUACAAAACCAAACAAGUUCUGACAUCCCUAGAGAAUCAAAAUCAAGUUCUCUGGGUAUAAAUGAGACUUUGCUAACCACAACUAAGGUCUCAUCCAGUUUACCAACUGUAAUUUUAAAUGUGAAAACACUAUUGGCAAGUCAAACCGAUAAAGGGCUUUGUGGAGGUGACGAGCAAACACAGACUUCAAAAAAUACAACAAAACAAUGUGACAUGGAACAAGAGGAAAUGGGAACAGAGAAUAACAUGUGGAAGUUGCGUGCUAACCGUGUAAAACAAAUCCUGUCGGGACUAAACAAAGAGUUUGGUAAAUUCUACAGGUCCAAGAAAAUUGGCCUUGAAUUCGAUGUUGGAUUUGGCCCAAAGCAAAACAUCAGUAUUGACUCUUUGACCAAUUCUGUUGUGCUUGAACUUGCUAAAUUUGCCUUAGCAAUUAAUUCAUCCCAGCAGGAUUUCAUCAUGGAGAUUCUUGAGCACAAUUUUGACUUUGGCCUGCAGAGUCAACAGGAUAGGAAUAUUUUCACAUGUGAAAUUAUGAAAAGAGUAAGACAGCUGAGAAGUUGUGAAGAUGCAGUCAAAUUCUCGAAUGAGGUUUUUGAACUUUCAGGUCCCAUGCCAUCAAUACAUGUGGCAAAUCAGAGCGUGUGCAGUGUCAACCCUGAACUCAGUAGCGAAUUGAGAAUGGAGGAGUGUGAUGUUGCUCCCAUGUGCCCUCCUCAUUCACAUGCUGAAACUACAGAACACUCUUCACGGAAAAGUGUGGAUCUGUAUCCCUUCUGCAAGGAAAUAGGUCUGAAGCUGCAUGUAAACAAUAGUUUACCAAACAAAAAACUGGAUAUCAACAAAUUGACCAAUGGGGCAAUGACUGAAGUGACAAACUUUGCAGAAAAGUUGUGUGGAACAUUUGAGGAGAUUUGUCUUGACAUCCUCAGACACAACUUUGAUCUUGAUUUGCAAAGUGGAGAUUCUGAACUUGCCAGAAAUAUUCUUGCACGAAUUCCUGCUUUAAUGGAGCAAAAGAAUCUAUCAACCUGUGUAAAAGCCUACAAGAAUAUGAAGGGCACAAGAAAAGAUUUCUCAACAAUGGCGAAACUGGAUUGCCAGAACAACCCAAAUUUAGAUGCGUAUGGUGCUGGUUCUUCCAAGACUGCAAUCAUAGACCAAAAUGUAGGCAGGUUCCCUGACAGUGAACACCAAAAUGAGCUCAAUUUAAAACUGUGGAAAUUGCGUACCAAUCAUAUUCAGCACAUCCUGUCAAUACCUCAUGGAGAACAUUGCCCACUUUAUUCAUAUUCCAGAUGCAAGAAAUCAGGCAUUGAUUUCAAUGUAGGAUCUGGAGUCAAACAAAAUCUUGAUCCCAAAUUACUGACCAAUGGCAUCAUGGUUGAACUUAACACUUUUGCCACAGCACUGCAAUCAGCCACAAAGCAUUUUGUCACAGAGAUACUGGAGUAUAAUUUUAAUCUUAAUUUGAAGAAUGAGUUGGAUCGCAGUGCCUUUGCACAACAAACUAUGACUAAAAUUCGAGAAAUGAAUGCACAUAAAAGAUACAGUGUUUCUCGAAUGAAAAUGCUUUUUGAACUCCCUGACACGAGGUGCAUACAAGAACCUACUUAUGACAAAACUACAUAUUGCCCAAAAUGCUAUCACGACAGAAAUCAUAAGCUUUGUCAGGAUGAAUCUGACUCUGGUCACAUGAAUCAUUCUCUUCGACAUACCAUGACUGACAUUGUCUCUGCUGAUGAGAACUGCACAGCACAAAAGCCUGCAAAGGAUCAAUCCUCUACCUUCUCAACAACAGAGGACACAAUAAUGGACAGAUACCCUCACUGCAAGAAAAUAGGUUUGAACCUGUGUGUGGACAAAGACCAACCAAGAGAUAAACUUGACACGCAUGUAUUGACGCGCGAGAUUAUGAAUGAAGUGGCUAGUUUUGCCAAAAAAUUGUGUGGAACAAAAAGUAAGAUCAUUCAUGCAGUCCUUGAACACAACUUCAACAUUGGCAUGCAGAGCCAAUACGUAGAUCCUGCAGAGCUGUUACGCAGAGUGAAGGCACGAAAGGAUGACGGACUCGACUGGUUCAGUGAAGUUUUUGUUAUCCAGCCAAUUUCUCGCAGACAACCUGGAUAUGUAGGUAAAGUGAAAAGAGAAGCUCCAAUGCAGAGAAGUGAAAUGAAAGAAACUAUCAAAAAAAGAAAGCUGGCACUGCAAACAAAGGAGGAAAGAGCCACACUGUCAAGUCAUAAUGUGAGUGACCUAAAAUCAAAGACAAAUCAUCGGAGUAGAGGAAACUGUUAUCCCAUUUGCACAGAGAUAGGUUUGGAACUGGACGUGACAUCAAAAUCAGUCGAGAAAGAAAAACUGGACUUGCAGCUAUUGACCAGAGCUGUUGUGAUGGAGAUACAUAAAUUUGCAUCUCAGAAAGUUGGACACUAUUUUCCAUGCACUGUGUAUGACAUCCUUGAUUAUAACUUUGAUCUUAGCUCACAACAUUACAGGCGCUGGGAAUUUUCCAUAGCUACUGCAUUCAAAGUCCAAACCAUGGUCAAGCAAUAUCGUAAAAAGCCACAUGGAGCAGAUGAGGUCUUCCAAUUGCCAUUUGUGUUUGAUCCCAAGGCUUCAAAAAGGUAUGUAGAGAAGAGACAAAAUAAGAAAAAUGCCAACUCUUCCCUGGACAUGGCUAGCGAAUCAGAACCAAGUUGUCUGAGUAGUUGUCUGCCUUUCCUCACCUCCACUGACAUCUCAUCCAGUUCUCCAACUGUAAGCUCAAAUGUGAACCCAUUAUUUGCAGUUCAACCUGAUGAAAGAGGGCUUUGUGGAGGUGAAGAGCAAACACAGACUCUAACAUAUGCACCAAAUGAAUGUGACAUGGAAGAAGUGGAAAUGGGAAGUGAGAACAACUACACUUGUCCAUUAGGAGAGUCUGAUCUAGACUCAGAUGAAGUCACAGAUUCAGGAAAUGCAGGCGCUGAGGAUCGCUCACAAAAUACAACAGGCUCUGACAUCCCUAGAGAAACAGAAUCAAGUUGUCUGGUUGUUUGUGGGACUUUCACAACCACCACUGACGUCGCAUCCACUUUACCAACUGUAAACCCAAAUGUGAACCCACUAUUUGCAAGUCAACACGAUAAAAGAGGGCUUCGUGGAGGUGAAGAGCAAAUACAGACUCCAAGAAAUGCACCAAACGAAUGUGACAUGGAAGAAGAGGAAAUAAUAACAAAGAACAAUAUGUGGAAACUGCGUGCUAACCGUGUAAAACAAAUCCUCUCUGCACAAAACAAAGAGUUUGGUCGAUUUAACAGGUCUAAGAAAGUUGGCCUUGAGUUCAAUGUUGGAUUUGGCCCAAAUCAAAACAUCAGUGUUGACUCUUUGACUAAUGGUGUUCUGCUUGAACUUGCUAAAUUUGCCUUAGCAAUUAAUUCAUCCCAGCAGGAUUUCAUCAUGGAGAUUCUUGAGCACAACUUUGACCUUAGCCUGCAAAGUCAACAGCAUAGGAAUAUUUUCACAUGUGAAAUUAUGAAAAGAGUAAGGCAGCUGAGAAGUUGUGAAGAUGCAGUCAAAUUCUCGAAUGAGGUUUUUGAACUUCCUGGUCCCAUGCCAUCAAUACAUGUGGCAAAUCAGAGCGUGUGCAGUGUCAACCCUGAACUAAGCAACGAAUUGAGAAUGGAGGAGUGUGAUGUUGCUCCCAUGUGCCGCCCUCAUUCACAUGCUGAUACUAAAGAACACUCUUCACGGAAAAGUGUGGAUCUGUAUCCCUUCUGCAAGGAAAUAGGUCUGAAGCUGCAUGUAAACAAUAGUCUACCAAACAAAAAACUGGAUAUCAACAAAUUGACCAAUGGGGCAAUGACUGAAGUGACAAACUUUGCAGAAAAGUUGUGUGGAACAUUUGAGGAGAUUUGUCUUGACAUCCUCAGACACAACUUUGAUCUUGAUUUGCAAAGUGGAGAUUCUGAACUUGCCAGAAAUAUUCUUGCACGAAUUCCUGCUUUAAUGGCGCAAAAGAAUUUAUCAGCCUGUAUAAAAGCCUACAAGAAUAUGAAGGGCACAAGAAAAGAUUUCUUAACAAUGGCGAAACUGGAUUGCCAGAGCAAUUCAAAUUUAGAUGCAUGUGGUGCCGGUUCUUCCCAGGCUGCAAUCAUAGACCAAAAUGUAGGCAGUUCCCCUGAGAGUGAACACCAAAAUGAGCUCAAUUUAAACCUGUGGAAAUUGCGGGCCAAUCAUAUUCAGCACAUCCUGUCAAUACCUCAUGGAGAACAUUGCCCACUUUAUUCAUACUCCAGAUGCAAGAAAGCAGGCAUUGAUUUCAAUGUAGGAUCUGGAGUCAAACAAAAUCUUGAUCCCAAAUUACUGACCAAUGGCAUCAUGGUGGAACUUAACACUUUUGCCACAGCACUGCAAUCAGCCACAAAGCAUUUUGUCACAGAGAUACUGGAGUAUAAUUUUAAUCUUAAUUUGAAGAAUGAGUUGGAUCGCAGUGCCUUUGCACAGCAAACUAUGAAUAAAAUUAGAUCAGCGAGGGCACAUAAGAUAUGCAGUGGUCCUCGAGUGAAAAUGUCCUUUACACUCCCUGACGUAAGGUUCAUACAAGAACCUACUACAUAUUGCCCCAAAUGCUAUCACGACAGAAAUCAUAAGCUUUGUCAGGAUGAAUCUGACCCUGGUCACAUGCAUCAUUUUCGUCGACAUACCAUGACUGACACAGUGUCUGCUGAUGCAACCUGCACAGCACAAAAGCCUGCAAAGGAUCAAUCCUCUACCUUCUCAACAACAGAGGAGACAAUAAUGGACAGUUACCCUCGCUGCAAGAAAAUAGGUUUGAACCUGUGUGUGGACAAAGACCAACCAAAAGAUAAACUUGACACAAAAGUAUUGACACGUGGGAUUGUGAAUGAAGUGGCUAAUUUUGCCAAAAAAUUGUGUGGAACAAAAAAUAAAAUCCUUAAUGAUGUCCUUGAACACAACUUCACCCAUAUCAUGCAGAGCCGAUUAACAAUUUCACAGCUGUUUCACAGAACAAUGCCACUAAAUGAUGCCUGGUUCAGUGAAGUUUUUGUUAUUCAGCCAGUUUCUCACAGACAACCUGUAGAUAUUCUGAAAAGGGAAACUGCCAUGCAGAGAAGUGAAAUGAAGGAAAGUAUAAAAAAAAGAAAGCUGGCACUGCAAAGAAAAGAGGAAAUAACCACACUGCCAAGUCAUAGUAUAAGUGACGUAAAAUCAAAGGCAAAUCGUCAGAGCAGACAAAACUGUUAUCCCAUCUGCACGGAGAUAGGUUUGGAUCUGGACGUGACAUCAAAAUCAGCAGAGAAAGAAAAACUGGACUUGAAGCUAUUGACCAGAGCUGUCGUGAUGGAGAUUCAUAAAUUUGCAACAAAGAAACUAGGACACUCUUACCCACGCACUGUGUUUGAUAUCCUUAAAUAUAACUUUGAUCUUAGCUCACAACAUUACAGGCGCUGGGAAUUUUCCAUAGCCACUGCAUCUAAAGUCAGUAACAUGGUCAAGCAAUAUCAUAAAAAAAUAGACAGAGCAGAUGAAGUCUUCAAAUUACCAUUUGUGUUUGAUCAAAAGACUUCACAAAGAUUUGUAGAGAAGAGACAAAAUAAUAAAAAUGCAAACUCUUCCCUGGACAUUGCUAGUGAAUCAGAAUCAAGUUGUCUGAGUAUUCGUGUGCCUCUCCUCACCUCCGCUAAAGUCUCAUCUGGUUUACCAACUGUAAACUCAAAUGUGAACCCUGUAUUUGCAAGUCAACCUGAUAAAAGAGGGCUUUGUGCAGGUGAAGAGAAAACACAGACUCCAGGAAAUGCACCAAACGAAUGUGACAUGGAACAAGAGGAAAUGGGAACAGAGAACAAUUACACUUGUCCAUUGGGGGAAUCUGAUGUAAACUCAGAUGAUGUCAGAGAUUCAGAGAACGCUGGCAAUCAGGAUCAUUUACAAAACCCAAAAAGUUGUUCUCUGAGCUCUGAUAUCCGUAGAGAAUCAGAAUCAAGUUGUCUGGGUAUUUGUGUGCCUCUCCUUACCACCACUGAUGUCUCAUCCAUCUUACCAACUGUAACCGCAAAUACGACCCUACCACUUGUAAUUCAACCCGAUAAAAGAGGGCUUUGUAGAGGUGAAGAGCAAACACAGACUCCAAGAAAUGCACCAAACGAAUGUGACAUGGAACAAGAGAAAAUGGGAACAGAGAGCCUCAUGUGGAAGUUACGUGCUAACCGUGUAAAACAAAUCCUCUCUGCACAAAACAAGGAGUUCGGUGCAUUCCACAGGUCCAUGCAAUUCGGCCUUGAGUUCAGUGUUGGAUUUGGCCCAAAGCAAUUCAAAAGUGUGGACUCUUUGACCAAUUCCGUUCUGCUUGAACUUGCUAAAUUUGCCUUAGCAAUUAAUUCAUCCCAGCAGAAUUUCAUCAUGGAGAUUCUUGAGUACAACUUUGACUUCGGCCUGCAGAGUCAACACCACUGGAAUAUUUUCGCAUGUGAAAUUAUGAAAAGAGUAAGACAGCUGAGAAGUUGUGAAGAUGCAGUCAAAUUCUCGAAUGAGGUUUUUGAACUUUCAGGUCCCAUGCCAUCAAAACAUAUUUCAAAUCAGAGCAUGGGCAGUGUCAACCCUGAAAUCAGCAACGCAUUGAGAAUGGAGGAGUGUGAUGUUGCUCCCGUGUGUCCUCCUCAUUCACAUGCUGAAACUAAAGAACAUAUUUCAUUGAAUAGUCUGGAUCUGUAUCCCUUCUGUAAGGAAAUAGGUCUGAAGCUGCAUGUAAACAAUAGUCUACCAAACAAAAAACUGGAUAUCAACAAAUUGACCAAUGGGGCAAUGAGUGAAGUGACAAACUUUGCAGAAAAGUUGUGUGGAACAUUUGAGGAGAUUUGUCUUGACAUCCUCAGACACAACUUUGAUCUUGAUUUGCAAAGUGGAGAUUCUGAACUUGCCAGAAAUAUUCUUGCACGAAUUCCUGCUUUAAUGGAGCAAAAGAAUUUAUCAGCCUGUAUAAAAGCCUACAAGAAAAUAAAGGGCACAAGAAAAGACUUCUCAACAAUGGCGAAACUGGAUUGCCAGAACAACCCAAAUUUAGAUGUUUGUGGUGCUGGUUCUUCUCCGGCUGCAAUCAUAGACCAAAAUGCAGGCAGUUUCCCUGAGAGUGAACACCAAAAUGAGCUCAAUUUAAAGCUGUGGAAAUUGCGGGCCAAUCGUAUUCAGCACAUCCUGUCAAUACCUCAUGGAGAACAUUGCCCAUUUUAUGCAUACUCCAGAUGCAAGAAAGCAGGCAUUGAUUUCAAUGUAGGAUCUGGAGUCAAACAAAAUCUUGAUCCCAAAUUACUGACCAAUGGCAUCAUGGUUGAACUUAACACUUUUGCCACAGCACUGCAGUCAGCCACAAAGCAUUUUGUCACAGAGAUACUGGAGUAUAAUUUUAAUCUUAAUUUGAAGAAUGAGUUGGAUCGCAGUGCCUUUGCAGAGCAAACUAUGGCUAAAAUUAGAUCGGCGAGAGCACAUAAAAGGUGCAGCAGUCGUCGAAUGAAAAUGCUUUUUGAACUCCCUGACACGAGGUGCAUACAAGAACCUACUUAUGACAAAACUACAUAUUGCCCCAAAUGCUAUCACGACAGAAAUCAUAAGCUUUGUCAGGAUGAAUCUGACCCUGGUCACAUGCAUCAUUUUCGUCGACAUACCAUGACUGACACAAUGUCUGCUGAUGCAACCUGCACAGCACAAAAGCCUGCAAAGGAUCAAUCCUCUACCUUCUCAACAACAGAGGAGACAAUAAUGGACAGUUACCCUCGCUGCAAGAAAAUAAGUUUGAACCUGUGUGUGGACAAAGACCAACCAAAAGAUAAACUUGACACAAAAGUAUUGACACGCGGGAUUAUGAGUGAAGUGGCUACUUUUGCCAAAAAAUUGUGUGGAACAAAAAAUAAAAUCCUUAAUGAUGUCCUUGAACACAACUUCAACGAUGGCAUGCAGAGCCGAGACCUAACUAUUUCACAGCUGUUUCACAGAACGAUGCCACUAAAUGAUGCCUGGUUCAGUGAAGUUUUUGUUAUUCUGCCAGUCUCUCACAGACAACCUGGAUAUGUAGGUAAAGUGAAAAGGGAAGCUGCCAUGCAGAGAAGUGAAAUGAGGGAAGCUAUCAAACAAAGAAAGCUGGCACUGCAAACAAAGGGGGAACGAACCAGUGACGUAAAAUCAAAGACAAAUCAUCAGAGUAGAGGAAACUGUUACCCCAUCUGCACGGAGAUAGGUUUGGAUCUGGACGUGACAUCAAAAUCAGCAGAGAAAGAAAAACUGGACUUGCAGCUAUUGACCAGAGCUGUCGUGAUGGAGAUACAUAAAUUUGCAAUUAAGAAACUAGGGCACUCUUACCCACGCACUGUGUUUGACAUCCUUGACUAUAACUUUGAUCUUAGUUCACAACAUUACAGGUACUGGGAAUUUUCCAUAGCUACUGCAUCCAAAGUCAGUUCCACGUAUAAGCGAUAUCGUAAAAAUCUCGACGGAGCAGACGAGGUAUUUAAAUUACCAUUUGUGUUUGAUCCCAAGGCUACACAAAGAUUUGUAGAAAACAGAGAAAAUAAAAAAAGUGCAAACUCUUCCCUGGACAUUGCUAGCGAAUCAGAAUCAAGUUGUCUGAGUAUUCGUGUGCCUCUCCUCACCUCCACUAAAGUCUCAUCUUGUUUACCAACUGUAAACUCAAAUGUGAACACAAUAUUUGUGAGUCAACCUGAUAAAAGAAGGCUUUGUGGAGGUGAAGAGCAAACACAGACUCCAGGAAAUGCAUCAAACGAAUGUGACAUGGAACAAGAAGAAAUGAGAACAGUGAAUGACUACACUUGUCCAUUGGGAGAAUCUGAUUUGGACUCAGAUGAAGUCACAGAUUCAGAAAAUACUGGAAAUCAGGAUCAUUUAAAAAACCCAAAAGGUUGUACUCUGAGCUCUGACAUCCCUAGAGAAUCAGAAUCAAGUUUUCUGGGUAUUUGUGUGCCUCUCCUCACCUCCACUAAUGUCUCAUCUGGUUUACCAACUGUAAACUCAAAUGUGAACCCACUAUUUGCAAGUCAACCUGAUAAAAGAGGGCUUUGUGGAGGUGAAGAGCAAUCACAGACUCCAAGAAAUGCACCAAACGAAUGUGACAUGGAACAAGAGGAAAUGGGAACAGAGAACAACAUGUGGAGGUUGCGUGCUAACCGUGUAAAAUGUAUCCUCUCCGGACUAAACAAAGAGUUAGGUGCAUUCCACAGGUCCAAGAAAGUUGGCCUUGAAUUCAAUGUUGGAUUUGGCCCAAAGCAAAACAUCAGUGUUGACUCUUUGACUAAUGCUGUUCUGCUUGAACUUGCUAAAUUUGCCUUAGCAAUUAAUUCAUCCCAGCAGGAUUUCAUCAUGGAGAUUCUUGAGCACAACUUUGACCUCAGCCUGCAGAGUCAACACCACAGGAACACUUUGACAUGUGAAAUUAUGAAAAGAGUAAGGCAGCUGAGAAGUUGUGAAGAUGCAGUCAAAUUCUCGAAUGACGUUUUUGAACUUCCUGGUCCCAUGCCAUCAAUACAUGUGGCAAAUCAGAGCGUGUGCAGUGUCAACCCUGAACUCAGCAGCGAAUUGAGAAUGGAGGAGUGUGAUGUUGCUCCCGUGUGCCCCCCUCAUUCUGAAACUAAAGAACAUAUAUCACGCAGGAGUGUGGUUCUUUAUCCCUUCUGCAAGGAAAUAGGUUUAAAGUUACAUAAACAUAAACGUAACGUAAACAAUAGUCUACCAAACAAAAAACUGGAUAUCAGCAAAUUGACCAAUGGAGCAAUGAGUGAAGUGACAAACUUUGCAGAAAAGUUGUGUGGAACAUUUGAGGAGAUUUGCCUUGACGUCCUCAGACACAACUUUGAUCUUGAUUUGCAAAGUGGAGAUUCUGAACUUGCCAGUAAUAUUCUUGCACGAAUCCCUACUUUAAUGGAGCAAAGGAAUCUAUCAACCUGUGUAAAAGCCUACAAGAAAAUAAAGGGCACAACAAAAACAUUCUCAACAGUGGCAAAACUGGAUUACCAGAACAACCCAAAUUUAGAUGCAUGUGGUGCUGGUUCUUCCCAGGCUGCAAUCAUAGACCAAAAUGUAGGCAGUUCCCCUGAGAGUGAAUACCAAAAUGAGCUCAAUUUAAAGCUGUGGAAAUUGCGGGCCAAUCAUAUUCAGCACAUCCUGUCAAUACCUCAUGGAGAACAUUGCCCACUUUAUUCAUACUCCAGAUGCAAGAAAGCGGGCAUUGAUUUCAAUGUAGGAUCUGGAGUCAAACAAAAUCUUGAUCCCAAAUUACUGACCAAUGGCAUCAUGGUUGAACUUAACACUUUUGCCACAGCACUGCAAUCAGCCACAAAGCAUUUUGUCACAGAGAUACUGGAGUAUAAUUUUAAUCUUAAUUUGAAAAAUGAGUUGGAUCGCAGUGCCUUUGCACAGCAAACUAUGACUAAAAUUAGACUGAAUGCACGUAAAAAAUUCAGCGUUCCUCGAAUGAAAAUGCUUUUUGAACUUCCUGACACGAGGUGCAUACAAGAACCUACUUAUGACAAAACUACAUAUUGCCCAAAAUGCUAUCACGACAGAAAUCAUAAGCUUUGUCAGGAUGAAUCUGACUCUGGUCCCAUGAAUCAUUCUCGUCGACAUACCAUGACUGACACAGUGUCUGCUGAUGAGAACUGCACAGCACAAAAGCCUGCAAAGGAUCAAUCCUCUACCUUCUCGACAACAGAGGAGACAAUAAUGGACAGUUACCCUCGCUGCAAGAAAAUAGGUUUGAACCUGUGUGUGGACAAAGACCAACCAAGAGAUAAACUUGACACGAAUGUAUUGACACGCGCAAUUAUGACUGAAGUGGCUAGUUUUGCCACAAAAUUGUGUGGAACACAAAGUAAGAUCAUUAAUUCACUCCUUGAACACAACUUCAACAUUGACAUGCAGAGCCAAGACAUCGAUCCUGCAGACCUGUUCCGCAGAGUGAAGGCACGAAAGGAUGGCGGACUCGACUGGUUCAGUGAAGUUUUUGUUAUCCAGCCAAUUUCUCGCAGACAACCUGGUUAUGUAGGUAAACUGAGAAGAGAAGCUGCAAUGCAGAUAAGUGAAAGGAAGGAAACUAUCAAAAAAAGAAAGCUGGCACUGCAAACAAAGGAGGAAAGAUCCAAACUUCCAAGUCAUAGUGUAAGUGACAUAAAAUCAAAGAGAAAUUAUCGAAGUAAAGGAAACUGUUAUCCCAUUUGCACAGAGAUAGGUUUGGAUCUGGACCUAACGUCAAAAUCAGGAGACAAACUAAAACUUGACUUGCAACUAUUGACCAGAGCUGUAGUGAUGGAGAUAUAUAAAUUUGCAUCUCAGAAAGUAGGACACUAUUUCCCACACACUGUGUAUGACAUCCUUGACUAUAACUUUGAUCUUAGCUCACAACAUUGCAGGCGCUUGGAAUUUUCCAUAGCUACUGCAUCCAAAGUCCAAGCCAUGGUCAAGCAAUAUCGUAAAACACGAGACAGAGGAGACAAGGUUUUCAAAUUGCCAUUUGUGGUUGCUCCCAAGGCUUCACAAAGGUUUGUAGAGAAGAGACAAAAUAAAAAACGGGAAGAACAAGACAAGAAAACGAAUGAGGGUAGUUUUGUGCGCCAAGUGAGAUGCUACUUAGAUGCCAAUUGCGUACAUUUUCUCGAUGGUGUCAAAACUAGCGAGGAAUCCUGGUUCUGUGAUGAGGACACUAAGACCCCAACAGAUCCUGGCACGAUAGUGCAGAAGAAUGGGAGUCUAGUGAGUGUAGGUUGUGGCAGCAAUCCUCUCCAGGGAAACAUCGAUAUUAAAGAGGAGGAGUACGAUCCACAUUAUGACGAUGUGAAACCAGAACCGGACACUGAGGAAAAAUAUCAUCCACAUUAUGAUGAUGUCAAAACAGAGUCAAACACUGAGGAUGUUGAGCAUUUAGUCCCAGGUGGACCUGCAGGAUCCCUUCGAUAUACAUUUAUAACCAUGUGUCCGAACUCUGAAAGCAAUAUUAAAACAGAAUCAGUAAAUGAGGGUGUCAAGUAUUACAUUCUGGCUGAACCACAAGGAUCUGAAGGACAUGCUAUGCUAGCUGUAUGUCCAAACACUGAGAGUAACAUAAAAACAGGAUCGGACAUUGAGGGUGUUAAAUAUUUAGUCCCAGUUGAAGCAGCAGCAUCCCAGGGAUACUCUAUAACCAUAGGUCAGGGCAAUGAGAGUGCAUUGAUCAAAGAAGAGCAAGAAAAUAUUCCAGCUGACUCAUACCAUUAUGGAGCUGUGUCAUACACAGAAAGGGAAGAGGGCAUCAAACAGGAAUUAGAUCCUUAAUGUUCUAAAGUAUAGUUUACACAAGAGGCAGGUGUGUUUUACACUUAGCAGAUGCUAUUAGCUGCUUUUAUUGCUGUGAAAACUUAUUUUCUGUUGGGGGAGAAUGUAGUUGACUUAUUUCAAAGCUGAAGGAAUGUAUAUUUUAAAAAGCUUGUUGUUAAACUCUUACUCAAGACAUGGAGGUGUGGAUUCAAAGCCCCAAAAGAUGGAUAGACCUGACUAAAAUGUUUCAAUGCAAAUAACUGUCCAAUGUGAUGCUUUGAAGCUUUGUUCUAAAAAGGUUUGUGCCACAGUUGGAAAUGAUUUAAGUUUCUUGUAAUGUUUCUUUUUUUCUUCUGUGGUCAGCUUUUUGUCAUUUCUUAAGUUGGUAAAAAAAAAAAAAAAUUGAGAAUUUUUGACACUGAACUUUAGUUCAUGGAUAGCAGAUUAUUAUAUUAUAGUCAUUUAAGACAUUCUGGUCUGUAUUUAAAAGUGCUUGUUCUCGUGUUUUUUUUGUUUUCCCACUUUAUUUUUAUUAAUGCCUUUAGUUAUUUUCUAUUUUUAUGUUUUGUAUUAUGUUCAAAAGGAACCAACUGCUUCCUUUGUAAAAUACAAGAACUUUGGUCAUUUCUUGAACCUGUGAUGCAAAAAGGUAAAGAUGAGUGUGUGCUAUAUAAGGUUUUGAAAACAUCCUGUUUACUUGUGUGUGUUCUGCUCAAAUACUAUGAACUUUUACCAUAUGCUUGUGGCUUCUGAUGAUUUGCCUAUUGUGGUGCCAAUAAAUCUCACUGAAUUUUC